CUGGGCGUCAUUUCCCAGGCAGGCUAGAGGUUUACCUGUCCUUGCUCUCUACUCUGUCUGCAUUUGCCUAGACAAGAACAGUUCUCUGGAGUGUUCCUGUGCUGGGGGUUGCAGGGAGCAAUUCACCAGACUGCAUUUUCUGCUCGUUUAGUGGAAACUUUCAGAUCCUCCUUUUUGACGGAUUAUUCAGUUAACUGGCAUGGAUCCACUCCUCUUAGACAUCAUUAAGAAAAAUGAUUUUGGGCAACUGGCCUCAAAGUUUCCAUCUUACUACCAAACAUUAGUCAGUAAAGUGGGGGGGAUCCUCUCUCAGGUAAGCCUUAAACGUAUUCAAAAAGGCUUUGAGAAGGGGCAACCAAAAGAGGUGGCUGAUGAAAUUGAGAGAGCACUUCAGAGCGCCGAGAAUGCUGCCCUGAAUGUGGCUGUGAUUGGGCAAUCUGGUUCUGGCAAGUCCAGUUUCAUCAAUGUCUUGCGAGGAAUUGGGCAUGAACAGGCUGGAUCUGCUUCUGUUGGAGUUGUGCCAACCACCACAAAGAAAACUCCCUAUCCACAUCCGAAGCGUCCCAACAUGAUCUUCUGGGACCUGCCUGGAACUGGGACCCCCGAAUCCAAUCCAGACCCUUAUCAAGAAGUAGUGGGAGAUGAUAACUAUGACUUUUUCAUCAUUAUUUCUUCCUCACGGUUUAGCGCAAACGAUGCUUUCCUGGCCCAGAAGAUUCAGGAGAAGGGAAAAAAAUUCUACUUUGUUAGAACCAAGGUGGAUAGUGAUUUAUAUAAUGAAAAGAAAAGCAAACCCAGAUCUUUCAAAAAGGAGACAGUCCUUCAGCAGAUCCGAGACAACUGCCUGGUCAAUCUCAGCAAAAUUGUAUCUGAGCCGACUGUCUUCCUGGUGUCCAACUUUGAGCCGAAGGAGUUUGAUUUCCCGAAACUGCAGGAGACACUGCUGCAGGAUCUCCCUGCUGAAAAGCGCUACAUCACUCUCUUGUUGCCAAAUUUGUCUGAGACUUUCAUUGAGGUGAAGAAAGCUUUGAUCAAGGAGAAGCUCUGGCUGAAAGCCUUCGGGAAAGCCCUUUUGGCCUUCUUCCCCAUGACGCCUUUCUGCUGUGGCUUUAAUUUGUCUGAACAGAAGAGGCACUUGAAAGACUAUCAGAGGUAUUUUGGUUUGGAUAAGGAGUCGGUCAGUCAGAUUGCCCAGAACCUGGGCAUAUCUGAGCAAGAGAUCUACAGCCUCAUGAAGUCCGCAGAUUUCAACUCACUUGUGAAGGAUGACAGUAUAAUAGCCAAUGUCAAGAAGUGUGCUGAGUACAUUUGCUCAGUUACUGGACUCAUCCCGUCUUCUGUGUUCCAGUUUUACAAAGCCUACUUCCUCCAUUUGAAAUUUGUCGAUACAGUGGCAGAAGAUGCUAAAAGAGUCUUGGCCAAGAUUGAGGAGAUGAAGCCUGAUAGGAUGGAGUAGAGACCGGUGGAGUUGCCCAUGUGAAUAACAAGUGAACCUCACAUGUUGUGUUCUCUGAGUGGGUCAGGAUCUUCUACGUACCACCAAGGCCAGUGCUUCCCAAUUGGAAAAUAUUUUCUCUCUGUUAGAAAAAGCCUAUUGCUCCACAUUGAUACUUUACUGCUCUACAGGGGAAUUUGACCAUAGCCUGUUUACUGCACUCUCUGAGCUGUUUUCCUCGAAUCAUGAUAGAAAUGUACCAUGUACCUUUCAUUAAUAAUCCAGUGUUAUGAAGUAGUUUUCUUUUGCAUGAUUUAUUCAGAUAAUAAAAUGUU